CGAUAACAGAAGGCAUUAUUAUAACAUUAGAUUGACAGAAAGAAAGCUUUUUUCAUUGUGACAACUACCAGCGCUGAGUAGGGUACUGUCGACGAUGUUAGGCUGCUAACUAAGAGAAGCUGGACGUCCAAAAUGCAGGAUGGCAGAACAACCCAACAACAUUCCAUUCAGAACGACAGGUUCUAAGUUAUUACAUCCAGUCAGUGAGCUAUUGGGAGUUCCAUUGGACCAGGUGAAUUUCCUCGCUUGUCAGCUUUGUGCUCUUCUAGCUGCUUUUUGGUUUCGCCUAUACCUCAGUCCAAAUAAAGCCAGCACAACCAUCCGUCAUGCCGUCGCCACUCUCCUUGGAGCAUAUUUUGCAAUAUUCUGCUUUGGUUGGUAUUCUUUACAUAUUUUCACAAUGGUAUCCAUUUGCUACUGCAUCAUGCUUAAAGCAAGCAUUCAAAACCUACACAGGUACUCGCUGAUUGUUGCAAUGGGGUACCUCAUACUAUGCCAAGUUAGCAGAGUGUACAUAUUUAACUAUGGGCUCCUGUCAACUGAUUUCUCAGGACCACUGAUGAUAAUUACACAGAAGAUUACUACUGUAGCCUUUCAGGUGCAUGACGGUUUAUAUAGGAAAGAUGAAGAACUCACCUCUGAGCAGCAACGCUUAGCUGUAAAAGCAAGGCCUACACUUCUGGAGUACCUGAGUUACAACCUCAAUUUCUUGAGCAUCUUGGCUGGACCUUGCAGUAAUUACAAAGACUACAUUUCCUUCAUUGAAGGCAGGCACAUAGCUAUGAAACUUUUAGAAAGAAACUGGAAGCCCAAUGGCUACAACAGGCUUCCUGAACCUUCUCCUACGGGAGCUAUCGUUUAUAAACUAUUUAUUACCACUGGGUCAUUAAUUUUGUUCCUGAGUUUUACCAAAGCUUUCCCUAUUAUUUACAUUGCUGAUGAUAAGUUUAUUAAAGAAGCAUCAUUUUUAGUAAGACUGAGUUAUGCCUACAUUGCAAUACAAGCCGCAAGACCAAAGUAUUACUUUGCAUGGACUUUGGCUGAUGCUAUUAACAAUGCUGCUGGCUAUGGAUUCAAUGGCAUUGAUGCAAAAGGCCAUUUCCAUUGGGACCUCAUUUCAAACCUGAACAUCUGGAAUAUUGAGACAGCAACAAGUUUUAAAAUGUAUAUUGAUAAUUGGAAUAUUCAGACAGCAGCAUGGUUGAAGCGAGUGUGUUAUGACCGGGCCCCACAUUCCCGUACAGCUUUAACCUUUUUCCUUUCAGCUGUAUGGCAUGGGGUGUACCCUGGAUAUUACUUCACAUUCAUCACUGCAGUUCCCAUUACCCUUGCAGCAAGAGCAAUGCGGAACAACUUUAGGCAUCACUUUCUUUCCUCAAGGACAAAGAAGGUUAUUUAUGAUAUAAUCACAUGGGCUGUUACUCAGCUUUCAAUCUGCUACACUGUUGGACCGUUUCUACUGCUUGCAGUGGAGCCAACUUUUAAGUUUUACAAGUCAAUGUACUUUUAUUUUCAUAUUCUUAGCAUUCUUGUGCUGCUGGUUCUACCGAUAAAACCAAACAGUGUUAAAUCACAAGUCCACAUCUCCAACAGCAACAACGACAACAACAAGGAAAAUUGACACAUCAGGGCAUUAAACUGACAGUAGAACGAAUGUUGCUGAAGACCUUGUUUAGGUAAACACAAGGAACAUUUGAAAAAUGGUACUAAACUAAGGUGGGGAUUGAAGCUUUGGAAAGAUUAAAACAAAAAGGUUUGUAUUGUAUUGCAAUAAAUGCUUUUUAAUGAUUAUUCUUUAACUCUCUUUUGAGACACUGAAACAAACCAGAGAUAUGCAAUUUUUUUACAUGAUUAUACAAAAGUGAGACUAAAUUUGCUGUAAAAAUGGAAACACCAUGUGUUUCUUCUGGAGGUAUAUGUGACUAUCUGUAAUUACUGCCUGUAAUUCCUUCAAGGAAGUUGGUGGUAGAAAUCUACAGCAAAGUCUGUCCUCAAGAAUAGCCCAUAGAGAAACCACUUUUGAGAAAUAGGAUAUUUUGUAUAGGCUUGAAUAAGGAUGGACCUUAAAUUCAGGCAUUAAAGUAAAUUCCAAUUGUAAGUGACUGCUUUAAAAGAUUACGAUGGUGGAGUUUCCAUUUGAAAAAUGAAAAGGACAUGUAAAUUCCACAACAGUGUGUGCUGCAUGUCACAAGAUUUGUCAACC